AUGACGCAAUACGACCGAAUUGCCACGCAGUAUGGCGAUGAGAUGAGCAAGCAGUUUUACAAGCUCCUCGAAUGCAAGCUCGUGGAAAGGGCCCUCGUCCCGGAACUCGCCAAGCGUUGCGCCCCAAAGCUGCUCGAGUUGGCCGCCGGCACCGGCUACUACACGUCGCGCCUUCUCUCCUGGAAGCCCGACGCCACCCUCACGUCCAUGGACAUUUCCCAAGCCAUGCUCGACAUCAACGCCGCGCAAAACGCCGCCGCCAUCUCCGACGGCCGACUGCGCGUCCUCUCCGCCGACGGGAGCCAGCCGCAGUCGUACGCGCCCGCCGCCGACGACGACGACGAGGACGAGGACGGCCCGUACUUUGACGGCGCGAUUGGCGCCUGGAUCCUCAACUACGCCGACAGCCGCGCCGUGCUGCGCCGCAUGUUUGACAAUAUCGCGCUCAAUAUCAAGCCCGGCGGCUUCUUUGUCGGCGUGGUGCCGUACCCGACCGAGGACCUCGUCGUGCGCGGCCGCGCGUGCAAGGAGCAGCCGCUCAGGGACAUUUACCCGUUUCUCGAGUUUACGCGUCCGCUCGACGACGGCUCGGGGUGGUGGUUCAGGGUGCACCUCGACGAGGUGCUCAUCUUGGAGUGCGUGCACAUCCGCAAGUCGGUGUAUGAGGAGGUGGCCGAGGAGGCGGGCUUUACCGAUAUCGAGUGGUUUCCGGCGAAUCUGCCCCGUGAGGACUUUGUUCCGCCGGGUAUGGUGCCCAAGCAUAAUCUCUCCCCGGAAGUGUACAAAGCAUUUACUGAUGUCGGCAUCUUUUCCGUCGUCAGAUUCUAUAAGAAAUAG